AUGCAAUCUAAUUCGAACAGGCAAUAUUAUAUCCAACAAGACAACAAUUAUAAUUCCGAAGGCCUCUAUCAAUCCCAUCAAGAAUCACCACCACCUUAUUUACCAUAUCCUCAACAAUCUGGUAAUGGAAUCAGUAAUGUAGCAUCAGACAAAUCAAAUGUUGGUCAAACAGCAGUGCAUCAACAACAGGGUAUUGCUGUUACACGUGUCCAUCGACGAUUUUCGAAUAAUAAUUUAUUAAUACCAAUUAGAAGUAAUCUAGGGAUAUUUUUAUGUAUUUCUGGUUUGAUUUAUGCUCUAUGGGGCAUAGUAGCUUUCAGUUUACAACUUGCCAUUGUUGUGAAUUUGUAUUCAUCAUAUUAUAAUGGUUUUUGGGCAGGCAUUUUUCUUAUUUUUGGAGGAAGUAUUAUGAUAAUUAUUGGAUUUCGACCAUCUUUUCCGUUGUUUCGUUUAGUGCAAAUGUAUAUGUUUACUUUGGCCUUUUCUACAUUCGGACUUGCUUUUUCUAUUGUUGAUUAUUCACUAUCAACUCGAUGUACUUCAAUAUCGUCACUAUAUUGUGAUGAUAGUUUAGCAAUUAAUUUAAAAGUGAUUCUUCUGAUUACAUUCAGUAUUUCCCUUAUUCAUAAUAGUAUUAAUAUGAUAGUCAUUGCUCAAGAACAGAAAAGAAUAUUAACAAAAUCAAAUCGAAGGAUUUUAAACAAUUGA